UGUCGAAGAUAAGCCAUCACUGUCAUUGGCCUCGUCGUCUCUCCACCAUUUCGGCGUCGCCCCCUUCUCUUGCAGCUGCCGAACCCUCUGAGAUGGAAGCUCUUGGGAGCACCUUCACGACUACACUCGCGGCAUAUAGAAUUCCUCAUCGCCGUCGAGCUGACUUCCGGGGAAGAGCUCCGCUGCCGCAGGCCACAAAGCCAUUCUUUGUCGAAAGCGGUGGAAGAUGUUCUUCCCGAUCCAAUAGGUUGAGGGCUGAUGUGAGGAUGGAUGCGGCUGUUGGUGGAGAAGAGGAGGAGACGCGGCAGGCCAAAGAGAUGGCUGCAGCUCGAAGAAGAUGGGAAUCUCUGAUUAGGGAACAGAAAGUUAAGGUUCUUACGCCUAGAGAAGCUGGUUAUGCAAUUCAACUUUCAAACAAAGCCCUUCUUGAUGUUCGCCCCUCAACUGAGCAUGAGAAGGCAUGGGUCAGAGGUUCCACUUGGGUACCAAUAUUUGACAUAGACAAAGGAUCAGAUGUUGGAGCUCUUUCUAGGAAAAUCACAAACUUUGCCAUGGGGGGUUGGUGGAGUGGCAAUCCAAUGUUAGCAUAUGAUAAGGAUUUUGUCAACAAAGUUGAGGAGAAGUUUCCAAAAGAUACAGACAUUGUUGUAGUAUGUCAGAAAGGACUAAGAUCUCUCGCUGCUUGCGAACAAUUAUACAAUGCAGGUUUCAGAAACCUGUUCUGGGUGCAAGGAGGUUUGGAAGCUUCCGAAGAAGAGGAUUUUCCUCGGGAAGGUCCCCAACCUUUCAAACUUGCUGGAAUAGGUGGAGUUUCUGAAUUCCUUGGUUGGACGGACCAACAACGCGUUAUGGCUUCCAAGGAAGGUUGGAGUUAUCGGUUGGUCUUCACCGGACGUCUGCUUGGACUUAUUGUUCUGGCGGAUGCUUUGUUUCUUGGGGCUCAAAAGCUCGGUCCCUUAGUACAAGAGUUGCGGUCACAUUGAUGAGAUUUAUCGACCACUCGAAAAGUCCUCAGCCAAUGCUUUGUACUACUAAGAGUUUCGAUUUCGCGGCUUGUCUAUGUUCUCUGCUGUUCCCUUUGCAUCAUCCAUUACUUCUCGAUAUCUAGUUCUUGUUCUCUCCCUACUCUCGUGCUUACUUUUAGGCACUAAACAACGGAUGUUAUCGUUGAUGUAAUGCACAAAGCUUUUAAGUGAAUUUAUUCUCGGAUCA